AUGGCUUUUACUAAGAACAAAUCUUUAUUUGCUUCUUUGGUGAUUCUUGUGGCACUCUUCGGUGCUGUCAUUGGAGGCACUGUCCACAAAGUCGGCGACUCAAAAGGAUGGACCAUGAUGGGUGCUGAUUACGAGUCUUGGGCUUCUUCAAGAACUUUUCAAGUCGGAGACUCUUUGGUCUUCGAAUACAACAAAGACUACCACGACGUCAAUGAAGUCACUCUCAACAAUUUCGAGCUGUGUGAACCAUCUAAUCCAUUAGAAAGAUAUGAAACCGGGUCCGACACGGUCACUCUAACAAAAGCAGGAGUCCACAACUUUAUAUGUGGAGUUCCUGGUCACUGCAGCAUAGGACAAAAGCUUCAAAUAGUAGUGUUACCUGCCUCGUUGGGUCCUGUUGCGGCUCCUGUUCCUAGACCGGUCCGAUCACCAAGCUCAUCCUUGUCUCCUUCACCGUCUCCGUUGGCUGUUUCACCGGUUAAUAAUGGUCCAAAGUACCAGACGGGACCAUCAGCACCAGCUCCACAUAGCGCAGCUUCAAACUCUAGUGCUUGGAUAGGAUCCUGCGUCCUAAUUUCUUUACUUCCUUUUUUCUUCUUGUUUUGAAUCUUUGACUCACACGUUCUGUUUCCUUUUGGUUCUGUUUCUUGCUUUGUAGUUUUU